AUGGUUGCCAUUUAUAAGCCGGUAUCCGAUUGCGUCUGGCAUCAAAUGCCAAUGGACGUACGUGAGCGCAUACGUGCCUUUCGUGAAAGGGCCGUCUCACGGGAGCGUUUCCAUACGAGGAAUGUAUGGUCCGCGGAUUUUAUAAAUGCGCCACCUCCCGGCAUGGAAGGAAGGAAGCCGGGGCUUGUUGCCUUUCAAGAAAGACCAAAGAGGCCAGAGCUUCUUUCUUUGGGUAAUGGGCUUAACGAUGGGGGCGUGGCAAUUGUGCAGCGAUCCUCCUCUAUGAGUUCCUCAAAGUUUGGCAAGUCGAGGCACUCGCUCCACUUCCGUGGUGAAUUGUGGGAGUCGGUGGUGAAGACAAAUCAAUUUGGCCUAAAGGCUUCUUUCAUUACGGAUGUUGUGAAUGCGACGGGUUUGGACGGGUCACGGAUUGAAGACGUUGCCUUUGUACUUACAAAUGUGCUUAUUGUCACCUUUACCGUGUCACUUCCGGAAAACCCGGAAAGAAUGACGGAAGUUCACGCCGCCCUCCAGCGAUGUAACUUCCCACGUACAACGGCAAUGUACAUGAGGCACCGUCUUGCGUUUUUUUAA